UGUUAAGGAUGAUGCAAAACAUGGAUUUGAAACUAGACCAUAUAUAUGCCAAAUUGGAUGACUUGUAUAAACGACAAGAGACGCUAAGCUUCCAUUUUGAAGUUCAACAGACUUUAAUGGUCCAACAAACAAAGCUUCAUGUUGAAACCCAUUACCAUCAAGUACAUACAGAGGAACAACCAGAGAGAAAGCCAGAACAGGGCAUUUUGUCAGAUGAGCAGCUGACAUUGCUUCAAAACCACCUGGCAGAAAGAUACAACCGUGAGAUGAGCUGUGUGCCGCGGAUCCCCUGGGAUGAUACCGACACCAUGAACAUUGACGACGUGUUUGUCGAUCUGUCUCUCAUUCAAGAACAAAAGAAAGGUGGUGACCUCAAGAAGGUUCCUCUUAGGUCUUAUCAGGAUAUCUUCAAGCCACACAUCAGAAAGAAAAGAAUCAUUAUCAGAGCUUGGAUGAGACAGUACAAAGAAGACUUGCUGAAAAACUUACAGCAAUGCCAGGUCUGGAACAAGAUAUAAUAAAUCCCCCGAUCCCCCGAGCAUUUGCCCUCCGCGGGAUAUAUCCUGAUUAUAUCUAGAACGGUUCAUUUCAACCCCUUCCCACAUUUAUUGUUCAUUGCUCUGGUUGAUGUAUUUUGGAAUAUCAUACUUUCUGGUGUACACGGAUUGGCAAACUCGUGUUCUUUUUCCUCUUACAGGAGCGAAUUCCCCUCUCUGCCACAGAUACAAAGGACUUAAACUACCAAGUUAGGAUGUCGAUAGUCCUGCCAUUUUGUCUUUG